GGUAUUAGCAAGGAACUACAAGGAACUGAUGUUCGUUGCGGGUCGCUGGCGGAGGGGCUAGUUCGCACACAGCCUUAUCUGCCUACUGUGAGUCCUCUAGCAGGGCUAUGAAUACUUGGCAGCGAGAAACAACGACGGCAGUAUAUUUCCCUCUCCGCGUCUCUACCACUAUUCUUCAUUCUUUCGUCCUCAUUCUCGUUCUUUUAAUUUACCUGCAUACAAGACCUUGGCAUACGUGCGUGGGCUUGGUGUGCAACAUCUCGACGAACACGACACUCGUUUACCAGCUCAUCCUCUACCCCGCUCAGAAACCGAACCCCAAAAUACAGUCCGACUCCAUAAUCCACGAUGGGCGACGCGGAAGAACCACAAUUCCAGACGCUGGCACAGCGAAUUGCUGCCUUGAAGCAGUCACAAGCAGCAGACCAAAGCGGUCUAUCACAGAAUGGCCCAGCACCGAGUCAGAACAACACCGUGGCGCUUGUUGGAAAGCGACCUCCUCCUCCACCAGUCCCGAAACCCUCCCGCCCUCUGAACGACUUUCGAAGCAAUGCAGUUCCAGCUAUUCCGACAGCUAAUAGAAAUAUCGGAAACGAGCCUGCUGCACCAAAAGACGUGUUACCACCGCCAGUGCUUGAUCGCGAGUUGAAGGAGCGGAACCCUCGACUGUCCGAACGAAACCUCAAGAAACCCCCACCACUUCCAUCGCGGAAGAGCUCACAACAAUCGCUGAACUUGCCAGCUCUGCCAGCAAGACGACCUUCGGAACAAUUAGUUGUGCGAAAGGCCUCGAACGAAUCGUUUAGGUCGAACUAUUCUACACAAUCUGGCUUCUCGUACGGUGGCAGCAAAUCGAGUGCAUCGUCUAUUGAUACGAACGCUGUACGGAAACUGCCGCCGCGAUUGGAUGAGGCCCCUUUGCCUGUUUUGCCUCCGUCGCGGAGAGAGCAGGCGGAAGAGAAGGCACGGCUAGCUGCUCGGGGACAAUUGACUUCCACCCAGUCGUCCCCAGCCAUUCCCCGGAUUACGCGUCAAGGCGAGAACGAAUCCUCUCGCCCUGCGUUACCAUCACGGCCUAGUCAGGCACCGGCAUUGCCAUCGCGAUCACGGUCUAAUGUACGGGGAUUCCGUGAUGAAGACGAUGCACCUCCACCUAUGCCAAGGCGACCUGCCACAAGCGCAGGAAGAGAUGGAGCACCACCGCCUAUGCCAAGUCGGCCAUCCGGAAAUACAGACUCGGCACCACCACCUAUCCCGUCAUCUUCGAAGCCAUCGAUGAGACAGAUAGAUGCUAUCAAAGCUAGGCAAGCUACCACUUCUUCGGACGAAGUUUGUCUGAUUUGCCGUGACUUCUCUGGUCCGGAUGAAGUGGCGGCGAAGUACCCUCGCCAGUCUCUACCUAGAGGGAAUAGCAUAGACUAUCUAGCUGAUGGCCUAUGUGGACCAUUUACAUCUCACACCGACAAAGCCCGGGCAAUCUUCAUGUGGUGUCAUCUCAACAUAGACUACGACGUCGACGCCUUCUUAGGGAACCGCGUCAAGUCCCAGACCCCCGAUGAAACCAUUCGGAAAGGUAUGGGUGUCUGCGAAGGUUACGCCGGUGUCUUUGCCGCCAUCGCUGUCCGAGCUGGCCUGGAGUGUCUUGUCGUUGGAGGCCAUGGUAAAGGAUACGGUUAUGUGGCUACUGGGCCAGGACAACGGAUACCACCUGCGAAUCCCACGGGUCAUGCAUGGAACGCGGUGCGGAUCGAUGACGGAGAAUGGAAGCUUUGCGAUCCAUGCUGGGGCUCUGGUGCUCUGGGUGGAGAUAACAAGUACCACCGUGCAUUCACAGCUACGCAAUUUACAGGCACUAAUGAGGACUUUGGCCUUAAGCAUUUCCCGACUAAUAAGGCACACUUUUUCCGUGCAGACAGAAGAGUGCCGACUUGGGAAGAGUAUAUUCUUGGGCCUCACCGAGGCGUAGAGACUCUGAAGAUAUAUAACACGGAAAACCAUGGCAUUGACAAGGCGACUAUUCUGCCGCCGUUGAAAAAUAUCGAGCUCAAUGAUGGAGAUUCAACACGAUUCCAGUUUGCAAGACUGUGCCAACAUUGGGACUUUGAGAGGCACGGAGGAGCGAAGCCAUACCUACUAGCCAUUAAAAUCGGCGGCACGCAUGCAUAUGCAGAGGAUUUAGUGCCGCUGGAGAGGGACGACAUGUAUUGGUGGGUGGAUAUACCACACAGGCAGUUGGGCAGCCCGGGAGAGACAGUUAAGCUCUACGCGAUUGACACGAUGAACGGGCAAGACGCACGUGGCAUGACAAAGAGAGAGUUCAUGGAGCGGAGGAAGACGAGCGGCAUGAGCUUUGCGGGCGUGGCAGAGUGGGAACUCGUGUAACGCAAGUUGUGUCCGGCAUGUUCACAUGGCAUUGGAGCAGUUUGGUGGAACGCUGACACAGCGAUAUGCAUAGAGCAUAGGACAAAGAGGCUGAGGGAUGGAGCCUGAGAGAUGGGGGCCGUGGGUGGUAUUCAGAUAUGCUGAUACCCGAGACACGGCGCUCAGCUCUCCCCAUGAUUACGAUAAUAUAAACGAAUCCAUGAAUGCAAACGAGGACGGAUUGAGGGCGCUUGCUAUAGUAUUGUCGGCGUUGUGUAACGUUUAGUUGGGUUCCUAUGUUGAUAUAGGAGACAAUCCCAUCCACGUUUGUUAAAUCUAUCACUUCUGUUUACGAAAGAUCUACACUACAGUAAGGUCGUAACUACAGUUGAAUAUAAUAUUUUAAAUCGCAAUACUGAGCAAUG